UGAUGAUGAUGAUGAUGAUGAUGAUGAUGCUGGGACUCUGCUGUUCAGGUGAGCUAACGGCCUCGGAGCUGGCCUUCCAGACGGAGCCCAGUGAUGUCAUAGCCGUCAGGGACCGCCCCCUCAUGCUGCACUGCCAGGUGAAGGGGGAGGGGCCAGUCAGCAUCACCUGGAGACACAACGGCGUCGCCAUGGCGACCAGCGUCAGGGUGGCGGUGCUCGGCAACGGCUCGCUGCUCAUCAGGAACUUCUCCAAGAGACGUGACAGCAACGAGACGGAUGCCGGCGAGUACGACUGCGCGGCGCAGAACCACUACGGCAUGCUGAUCAGCCGCAAGGCCCGGGUCCAGGUCGCAUCCCUCCCCAAGUUCCAGUUCCACCCCGAGUCCCUGACGGUGGGCGAAGGCGGCGUGGCCCGACUCAGCUGCCAGGUGAAAGGCGUCCCGGAGGCCGACAUCACCUGGCAGAGAGACAGACAACCGCUAGGCAGAGAGGACCCCAGGUACACGCUGCUGCCCAACGGCGUGCUGCAGAUCACUUCGGUGCGGCGCUCCGACAGUGGCUUGUUUCGGUGCGUUGCCGCUAACAUCGCUAACACGCGCUACAGCCAUGAGGCGCAGCUGUCCAUCACCGGUGCAGGGUCCAGGACCUACAAGGAGCCCGUCAUCCUGUCCGGUCCCCAGAAUCUCACCAUCAACGUCCACCAGACGGCCAUCUUGGAAUGCAUCGCCACAGGAAACCCCCGGCCGAUCGUGUCGUGGAGCCGCCUCGACGGCAGGUCCAUCGGGGUGGAGGGAGUCCAGGUUCUGGGAACUGGGAACCUGAUGAUUUCCGACGCGACGCUGCAGCACUCGGGCGUCUACGUCUGCUCCGCUAACAGACCCGGGAGCAGGUCCAGGAGAACCGCGCUGGGACGCCUCGUCGUGCAAGCUCCUCCAGAGUUCCUGCAGUGGCCCCAGUCCGUCUCCAGACCAAUAGGGGGCAGCGCCGUUUUCAGCUGCACAGCCUCCGGAGUUCCUGAACCGCACCUCAUCUGGCUAAAGAACGGCAAGAUGCUGAUCCCCAGCAACAACGUCAAGCUCACCAACUCCAACACGACUCUGGCCAUCACCCGCAUCACCCCGGAGGACGAGGCCAUCUACCAGUGCAUCGCCGAGAACAGCGCUGGCACCAACCAGGCCAGCGCCCGCCUGGCCAUCACCGAGGGCCCCGAGCUGCCCGAGGCCCCCGCCGGCCUCAAGGCCUUCGUCCUGGGGCCCGACGGCCUGCGGGUGUCCUGGGACCAGCCAGAGGAACAGGUCAGCCAGCAGAUCAUCGGCUACGUCCUGCACAUCCGACGCCUGGGAGAACCCGACAGCGCCGAGCUGCAGGAGGCCGUCAGCAGAACCACCUUCAGCCACGACUUCACCAACCUGGAGGCCGCCACCACCUACUGCAUCUACCUGAAGGCCUACUCGUCCCUGGGGGGCAGUCAGCAGUCGGGCAGCAUCACCAGCACCACGCUGGGGGGCGUUCCCAGUCCUCCCAGCUUCUUCACCAAGGUCCUGAACCAGACGGCCAUGCAGGUGUACUGGGAACUGCCCAGUAAACCGGGAACGCUGCAGGGCUUCAGACUGGAGUACCGGGCCGCCUCCAACCCCGCGGUUCAGGGCCGGGAGACCUUACCUGCUCACAUCAACACCCACACCAUCUCCCACCUGGAGCCAGCAGCCGUUUAUGAGAUCCAGCUUCUGGCCUUCAACGGGAACGGAGACGGUCCGUCCAGCCGCCGCCUGGUCUCUCUGACCGAAGAUGGAGACACGUCAGCCGGUACCAGCUGUAACUGUGACCGGUCCUCCUCUUCGACGCUGCUGGUCGGGCUUCACAGUGGCCUCGCCUGCAUACUCUGCUGUCUGCUGUUCAUCCUGCUGGGCUUCAGACGCAGUUUGUUGUGCAGGAAGUGGGUGAACUGGGAGGCCCCGCCCACCAUCAAUGGUGUCCCAGAUCCUAAAGGUGCCUCACCUGAGAGGAUUGAAUUGAGACAGAGGUGUGACUCCGCCCCUCCUCCGGUGAUGGUCAUGGUGGAGUCGACGCCCCCCCUGGGGACCAGAGCCGGGACCGGAUAG